AUUCCCUCUUUUCUCAUCAUCCUCUUCAUUCUGUACUUUCUCUCUAUAAGCAACCUAACCUAAAACUGUGAAAGACUCCAUUUUUAUUAUUAUAUUAAUAUUAAUAUAAUAUAAUAUUAACAUUAAUAAAUCCCCUUAGAAAAAGCGAUUCUUAAUUCCUUUUCUUUUGUUUAAUUAUCUCCACCAAAAAAUGACUAAUUGAUGUUUUACAACAUUCAGAUUUACCAUUAAACCAAGCAGGAUUGGUUUCAAUCAGUCAAUCUACCGUUUAUUCUUCUCGAAACUAAGAUUAUUUCAAGACUUGAAUUGAUGUUAUUGGAUAUGGUGGUUUGCCUACAUAGCUGGAAAUGUCUGUUGAGGCUUGUAUAAACCCAAAAAUGGUUGCCGAGGAUAGUGAUGAUGAUGACACACCCUUGAUUUUUAGUAGAAGAAAGCCAACUCAAUUAAGCUCGGUAUUGAAGAAUUCAUCACCCUCUGUGAGACAUGAAAAGCAGCCAUUGAAGCCAAGUUCAGAUAUUAGAAACAAUAAUGAUCGAACUUCUAGUGCAUUGAAGGGGAAGACGGCUUCUUUGUCGAAACCGUCAUCUUCUAAACCCAAUCUUGGAGCUCAAAAAUCCCCACCCCCAUCGUCGAAGCCCUUAAAGCCUUUACCUUCAUCAACUAGACCUUCUCCGUCUCCACCAACUUCAGCUAGACCUUCUCCAUCUCCUCCUUCUUCAGCUAGAGCUGCUCCUUCUCAGCCGCCUUUGUCAAGUAGACCUUCUUCAUCUCUGCCUUCUUCAGCUAGACCUUCUCCAUCUCCGCCUCCUUCAUCGAGACCUUCUCCAUCUCCGCUUCCUUCGACAAGUAGACCUUCUCCAUCUGUUCCACAAUCCAGAGCCCCACCUGUUAAGUCCCCUUCCACCAAUGGAGCUUCUUUGGGAAAUCACCAGUCAAGAAAGGAUAAUCAUGCCAAAGAGCAGAAGCGUGCACCCAUUGCAGUUAAAGAGGAAAAGGUCGUUAAGCAUACUAGUGAUGAGUCUGAUGAUUCCGAUGAUGAUAAGCUACUUAGUGCAAGGUGUUCUGUUGGGUUACAGAAGGGAAAUGCGGAAAUUAAGCCCACUAAAAGUGAUUAUGUGGAUUCUGAUGAUGAAAAGCCACUUAGUUCGAGGAUGGAUAAGGGAAGGGCUGUUGCUGGAGCAUCUCAAACUCAGAAAUCGAAGACGGGGAGUGUGAAAUCACCAGAUGAUUCGGAUGAUGACAAGCCAUUGUCGUCUAACAUGAGGAAAAACAACAGCGGGACACAUUGCAAGUAUGAUGAUUCAAAUGAACAUAAGCCUUUGAUUUCUAGGCUACAACAAAAUGGAUCGAUCAAGAGGGAAAACCAAAGUAAGGUACCCAGUAAUUCAAUUAAAAGGCCUUCAGAGGCCUCUGUUGGUCAACCUUCUAUGAAAAAAGCAAAACUUACUGCUUCAUCCACCUCCGGUAAUGUUAGGCAAAUACCACUGAAAUCCGAUGUCAAAGAUGAUGAUGACCACGUUCCAAUAGGUCAGCAUAUGAAUAAAGCUGGAUCAACCAGUAAAUCAGUGCCUGUGAAAAAGGCUGCUAAAUUUGAUUCUUCAAAGUUGAAAGUAAACAAGAAUUCAAAAAAAAUAAUGAAGCAAUCACAAUACUCGAAGUCUUCAAAAGAGUUACCUAGUUCAGGUGAUGGGCAGAAAUGGACAACCUUAGUUCAUCAUGGUGUUAUAUUUCCUCCUCCAUAUAAGCCUCAUGGGGUUAAGAUGCUGUAUGACGGUAAACCGGUUGACCUCACACCCGAGCAAGAGGAGGUUGCGACUAUGUAUGCAGUGAUGCUUGAGACUGAUUAUGUAAAGAAGAAAAAAUUUAAUGAAAACUUUUUUGGUGACUGGAAGAAAAUUCUUGGGAAGAACCAUGUAAUUCAGGAUUUUAGCAAAUGUGAUUUUCAGCCCAUAUACGAAUGGCAUCUGGGGGAAAAGGAGAAAAAGAAGCAAAUGAGUACUGAAGAGAAAAAGGCAAUAAAAGAAGAGAAAUUGAAACUAGAAGAGAAGUAUAUGUGGGCUAUUCUUGAUGGCGCCAAAGAAAAGGUUGGCAACUUUAGAGUUGAACCCCCUGGUUUAUUUAGGGGCCGUGGCGAGCACCCAAAGAUGGGAAAACUUAAAAAGCGUAUUUAUCCAAGUGACAUUACAAUAAAUAUAGGAAAGGAUGCUCCAAUUCCAGAAUGUCCUAUCCCUGGUCAGAGAUGGAAAGAAAUAAGGCAUGACAACACAGUGACAUGGUUAGCUUAUUGGAACGAUCCCAUAAACCCGAAAAUGUUCAAGUAUGUAUUUUUGGCGGCUAGCAGUUCACUGAAAGGGCAAAGUGACAAGGAGAAAUAUGAGAAAGCAAGGAAGUUAAAGGACUACAUUCAAGGUAUUAGAUCAGCUUACACGAAGGAUUUUACGAGCAAAGACAUGACCAAAAAACAAAUAGCUGUUGCUACCUAUCUCAUUGAUAGACUUGCUCUGAGGGCUGGUAAUGAGAAGGAUGACGAUGAAGCAGAUACUGUUGGCUGUUGUACAUUGAAAUUUGAAAAUGUGAAACCAAUUCCGCCUAAUAUAUUGGAGUUUGAUUUCCUUGGUAAAGAUUCCAUCAAGUACUACAAGCAAUUUGAAGCAGAUCCUCGUGUGUACAAAGCUGUCGAGGAUUUCAGAGAAGGGAAGAAGGUUGGUGAUGAUCUCUUUGACGAGUUAGACACUAGCAAGCUGAAUGCUCAUCUGAAAGAACUGAUGCCUGGUCUCACUGCAAAAGUGUUUCGUACCUAUAAUGCAUCUUUCACUUUGGAUGACAUGCUUGCCAAAGGAGCUGGAAGUGGAGAGGUGCCGGAGAAAAUUGCCAUAUAUCAGCACGCAAACAAAGAGGUAGCAAUCAUUUGUAAUCAUCAACGUACAGUAUCAAAAUCUCAUUCUUCCAUGAUGGAAAGACUUGCCACGAAAAUAGAAGCAGCGAAGAUUGAGUUGAAAGAAUUGGAAGCGGAUUUGGUUCGUGCUAAGAAAGGCAAGCCACCAUUGAAGGAUAGUAGUGGAAAGCAAAAGAGAAAUUUGUCCCCAGAAGCGAUUGAGAAGAAGAUAAUAUCAACGAAGGCAAAAAUAGAAAAACAAGAGCGUGACAUGCAAUCCAAAGAGGAUCUCAAAGAAAUAGCUCUCGGUACAUCGAAGAUCAACUAUUGUGAUCCACGGAUUACAGUUGCAUGGUGCAAAAGAAAUGAAGUCCCGAUCGAAAAAAUGUUUAACAAGUCUCUGCUGGAAAAGUUCUCAUGGGCUAUGGAUUGUGAUCCCAGCUUCAGAUUUUGAUGGGCUCUUAAAUUUCCUUCUUAGCGAUCAUCGAUCAUCGUCAAAACUGGUUGGUAAUGCAGUUCCUUCCGAAGAAAUUUGAUUUCGCUGAUACUCGGCUCUUUCAAAUUCUUGUUCUUGCUGUUGCGUUCAUGGAAUCAUGUUCAAUUCAUCAGGUUUAAUUAUCCGAGCGGCCUUUUCUUUCCUUUAUCCUCUGUUAUUCAAAGAUAACAAGAAACUGAGAGUCUGAAACAAUCCUCUGUCGAGUAGAGAUUCUAGAGUUGUAACAUUACCGGAUAUUAUGUUUCAAUGCAUGAUUCAACAUUUCAACUAAAUGCGGAUCUUAGCAUUAGUAAAACCGAUGAAUUAAGAUCAGUAGACAACGAGUAUACCCCCCCUUAAACGAAGUUCCAACUUACUGUGAUUGUUAUACUUUGUGUUUAGAUUAUUAUUGUUUGUUUAAGUCA